AUGGCUUCAUUAACCUCGAUCCGAGGACGCCCCAGCGACGUCGCAUCCCUCCUCUCCCGCACGACCAAGUACGCCCUCACAAGAGAAUAUACAGCAACACAGAACCUCGUUCCCUCUCGACGAUUUGGAACAGCAUAUCUCGCUCGUUAUGGAAACAAUAAGAGGAUUCCAAAGUCUUCAAGAAGCACACCAGCUCGGACGCUAGCUGCACAACAACCCCAAUUCCAAUACGCAUCUACAUCCGUCCGAUGGAACAGCAGCAAGAACACGCCUACAUUCCGGCAAUGGGGAUUUGAAGAUAUAAACGCCCUCCUCCCCUCGACAACCCCACAAUCUAGUCCCCCCUCAACCCCCCAAAAAUCCCUAAUCCUAGUCGAUGUCCGCGAACCCGCCGAGCUCUCCAGCACUGGUAUAAUCCCCACAGCCGUCGCCGUUCCUCUCGCAUCACAGCCCGACGCACUCUUCCUCACCCCCGACGAAUUCGAGACGCGGUUCGGGUAUCCAAAGCCUGGCGCUGCCGAGGGCGGAAAGGACGAGGGCGGCGAUAUCGUGUUCUACUGCAAGGCUGGUGUGAGGGCGAGGGCGGCGGCGCAGUUGGCGGUUCAGGCGGGAUAUGAUGCGGAGCGGGUGGGUGUUUAUGAGGGGUCUUGGUUGGAUUGGGCGGCUAGGGGGGGACGGGUGGAGAGGUGGGAGGGGGAUGAAUAA